AUGUCUACUGAUCUCGAUAACAAUGGACACACAACAACACCACCCGAUAGUGUGCCCGAUGGGGUCAAAGAUCGUGGCCAGUGGUCCAAAGGCAUUGAGUUUCUACUCUCCUGUAUCGCGAUGUCGGUUGGAUUGGGAAAUGUAUGGGGCUUCCCACAUGCUGGAGCAUUUCUAAUACCAUAUCUCAUAUUGUUGUUUAUAAUCGGACGGCCCUUGUAUUACAUGGAGCUGGCGAUGGGUCAGUUCAGUGGCCGCGGGCCCAUCAAAGUGUGGAAAUGCGUGCCGGCGUUCAAAGGAAUUGGUUUUGCGCAAUUAUUCUCUAUAUCAUACGUGAUCAUUUUCUACAACUAUAUCAUGGCAUUAACGCUAUAUUACUUUGUCAUGUCGUUUAAAAAUCCUCUACCCUGGACACAAUGCAAUGAAGAUUACGCGCCCGGUGGCACCUGUAGCGCCAAUACUACCAUGCACAAUUCCGAGGCAACCCAGGCGCCUAUUGGGCAACAACAUAAUUGGGCUGAAAUAUAUUAUUUGCGACACGUGCUAAACCAAUCAACUGGCCUGAAUGACAUGAACUCAAUGAGCUGGCAAAUAGUAAUCUGUUUAAUAUGCUCAUGGACACUCGUCUACCUGAGCAUUAUUAAAGGGGUUAGUUCUAUGGGCAAGGUGGCUUAUUUCACAGCCAUAUUCCCAUACACUGUGUUGAUAGCGCUGUUGGGCGUGACGUUGAGCACCGACGGUGCCAUAGAUGGGGUCAAAUACUUUUUCACACCUCAAUGGGAGAAACUACUGGAGCCAAUCGUGUGGUACAGGGCUGUCGAGCAGUCAUUUUUCUCGCUGGCCGUUUGUUUUGGUACACUAGUUAUGUAUUCAAGUUAUAACGAGUUCAGUAAUAAUGUCUACCGGGAUUCUAUGAUUAUAGCCGUGUUAGACACGUUCACCAGCCUAUUAGCUGGUUGUGUUAUAUUUUCUAACCUGGGUCAUUUAGCAAAAACAACCGGCAAAGAUAUUAAGAAUGUUGUUGAUGGAGGUUUGGGAUUAACAUUCGUGGUGUACCCAGACGCUUUGGGCAAAAUACCUGUAGUGCCCCAGCUAUGGUCAGUAUUAUUUUUCAUCAUGAUGUUCACACUGGGAAUCGGCAGCUCUGUCUCUCAAGUGGAGACAAUUUUGACCGCAAUUAAAGACGAGUUUACCUGGAUGAGACAGAAAAAGGAAAUCUUAGCCCUCGUUGCAUGUGUUAUAUUCUGCUUGUGCGGACUGCCCCUCACCACCGAUGCUGGUACUUAUGUGAUGGAACUGUUGAAAAACUACGGGGUGGGCACCGCUGCCAUAUUUUACGCCAUAUGCCAAAUGGGAGCCGUGUUUUGGGCGUACGGUUUGCGGCGAUUCUGUUUUGACAUACAAUUUAUGCUCAAACGACCGAUUGGCUGGUAUUGGCAAAUCACCUGGGGUCUAAUCGGACCCGUCGCCCUAAUAAUUAUUUUCAUAUACGGAAACGUUGAGAUAGGAAGGGUGGGCAACAGACAACAAGGCAUUCCCGCCUGGGGUACAAGCAUUGGUUGGGUAUUAGCUGUGAUCGCUAUGAUACAGAUACCUCUCUGGAUGAUUAUUACCAUCAAGCAGCAACCUGGCCAUAAUUUACGACAGAAAUUUGUCACCGCGUUUAAACCGGCACCAGAUUGGGGUCCCACCGAUCCCAAGAUAUACCAGGAAUGGCGCGCGUAUACUGACCAGCAUUUUGACCAUAAUGUCUCAAUUAAGGCAUAUAUGCAGGGUGGUCAGCAUAUAUUAACCAGAAUUAACCAAGCGCGUAACGCAAAGCUUGAAAUAUUAAGUUAUCAAAAUAUAUUUCAAGACGAGGCAGCUGAAAUAAGCCAGAAAAUAUACAACAGCUUUCAGGCGGCCACGGUAGAUUUUGCCAACAACAAAUGUCUGGCCAUUAACGAAUUGAGCAUGCGCGAUCAUAUAGAGAACAAUUGUUACGAGCAACUAGACGCGUACAUGGUCAAAGAUUUGUACAAGGACAUUGAUGAUAAUGAUUUGUUUAUUGGCGAGUUUGCAUACUCAAAUUUAGCAUGGCAUACAUACGGCCUGGGUCCAGUUAAUGAGCGUAAUAUUGAAAUGCUCAUUGGGCCUAUUUUUAUCGAAGCCAAAUUACGCUAA